UAAGUUAGUUGGUGUGGAGAGGCCCAGCAGCAGACGACGCCACCAGCUGAGUCGCGAUGACAACAAACAUGGCGGGCGAGGUGGACCCGUCGUGCAACCCUGUGGACCUGAUGGGCCAGGAUGCGUGCAAUCCAAGUGGAAUGUAUGGUGUUGAGCGGGAAACUGAUGCCGAUGAAGCCACGGGAAGUAUUCAGAACUCGGAGCCUACCACCCGCAACACAAAUGAAUCCGAUUUCUCAACUUUUGACAUUGUUAAAGCAACUCAGUAUGGUGCAAUUGAAAGAUGCAAGGAGCUAAUUGAAGGUGGCUAUGAUAUUAACAAGAGAGAUAAUGAAAAUGUUACACUUCUGCACUGGGCAGCUAUCAACAACAGAAGAGAAAUUGUCAGAUACUAUAUAUCCAAAGGUGCGGUGGUGGAUGCGGUUGGUGGGGAGCUGAUGUCAACUCCAUUACAUUGGGCAACUAGCUACAGCUUGGAUCCCACACGGCUACUAUUAACAUUUGGUGCAAGUACGUCUAUGGCUGAUCGUCUUCAUGGGAACACGGCACUGCACUGGGCAGUUAUAGCAAAGAACCACAUGGCUGUCAGUGUAUUAGUCAACCAUGGGGCCAAUGUAGACAUUGCUAAUUCUCAGGGAGAGUCGGCUUACAGCCUAAUAAUGAAGAGAAAGACUCAGUGGCUGGAUAAAAAAGUUUUGGAAAAGCUUCAAGAGAUGCAAAAGUCGGCAAGAAAUAUAUGUUAUCGUAUAUCCAAUGACAAGAGUCUUCGAUACUGGACUAUGAUGGGAACUCCGUUUCUCGUUUUUUAUGUGAUUGGCCUCAUCUUGAAAUUAAAUCUUUAUUAUGUUCUGAAGCUGGGACUUUUCACCGCGUUAUAUAUUGUAGUCUAUGGAAUCUCCAGAAUUCUAUUUGACGAACGACUCAUGACCGUUAUGCCAAUGGCAGUUUAUCUAGCUACUAAGUUUUGGUGUUAUGUUACCUGGGUUUUGUACAUUCAUGUGUACUCUGGACUUAAAGCAACAGGCUUCUUCCUUGUUUCUUCACUGCUGCUCUGGUACAACUUCAUGAGAGCUUGGAGAGGAGACCCCGGAGUCAUCACCGCUGACCAGGCCCAGAAGUACCAGACUAUAAUUGAGUUGGCAGAAAGAGAUGGCUUUGAUCCUCAGUGGUUUUGUUCUACGUGUCUGGUGCGGCGUCCAAUACGCUCAAAACACUGUUCCGUGUGCAAUAGAUGCAUUGCUAAGUUUGACCACCAUUGUCCUUGGGUUGGAAACUGUAUAGGAGCCAACAACCUCAAGUACUUUAUUGGUUACCUCAUAAUGCUGUGUGCAAUGAGCUGCUUCGUCCUGCAAGGCUGCUUCUACUUCUGGAACGGCGCCUGCAACAUUUACUUUGCUAAGCAGGGAAUCUGGUCCAGUCUAGGUUCAAUAGGCACGUGCGAGCCAUGGGUGGCCUGGGUCGGUGCUAAUGCCACGUUGCAUGCCCUGUGGGUAGCCACACUCUUGGGGUGCCAGCUGUACCAGGUAUUAAUUCUUGGCAUGACUACCAAUGAAAGAAUGAACUGCUACCGAUACAAGCAUUUCCAGGUGGGGAAGAAAGGAGAAGUUCGGUCACCUUUCCAUCACGGCAUAUGGCAGAACCUUCAAGACCUACUCAACUGGCAGUGCUUCGGUGUGCUCAAGCCCGACAGAACAGACUGGCUGCACAUAUACACUCUGGCCGAGUGUGCGGAAGACAAGCAGCCUCUUCUCUCGCAGUCGGAUAUGUAUCAGUAUGUUUAAGCUUCAGAAUGAUCACUUUUUAGUUUAUGGUUAAGAUCUCGUGUGUGUAACUGCCAGUCUACUUUUAUAUCCAUCCAUUCAUUAAUUAUCAGUAACUGAAUCAUUCGAAGGUAAUAGCCUCAUUCAUUUCCUGUUAUGAGUGUGGUUAAUGAAUGGAGUUUCUCUUUCAAGUGCCUACUUAGGACUUGAAUUUUGUGAAUAAAAUAGAACAAAGAAUCCUGUAAGGAACUUUAUACCAAAAUUCACCGCAGUAUCGUGAACUUUUGAUCGGCUUAUUUAUUUAUUUUGCUAUUAUGGCUACAACAUAAAGUGUUUCUAUACAUCUUUAUGUACAUAAGACAGUUAUUCCAUAGUUAAAUGUAAUGAAUGUUACAUUCCUUUUAGACUAAUAGAAAGGUUCGCAGUAACUUGCAAGAUUUGUUUUUUUAAUACUACUGAACGUGGAAGUGUGUGUAUAGCAAGUUUAGGAGUACUACUGAACGUGGAAGAGUGUGUAUAGCAAGUUUAGGAGUACUACUGAACGUGGAAGAGUGUGUAUAGCAAGUUUAGGAGGAGGAGGAGGAGGAGGAAGUGGACUCUUUCAAAGUCAACAUUACCAAAGACGCGAGUCACAUAUUGAAUAAUUGUAUUUAUCCUAGUUGACUAGUCACUGAUAAUUUACGUAUAACACUGAUGCCUUUGCCAGUUUAUUUAGGAUAAUUGGGGGUUUGUGAAGCGUUGUGAGUGCACCAAAGAUGCUCCCCGGCAUAACGUAUGCAAUUGUGCAGCUCUUCUUGUUAGCUUAUUUGCUCAAUUUGCGUUUUUGUUAUUGUGUAUGUUCGUUUGUAUUAUACAUAAUAUUACUUGAUGUAUUCUGUUUAAAUAAUUUUGGCACAAAAUACUGGACUCAAAUAUUUGUAGCUAAAACAGUCAUUACUAAGAACUCAGAGCAUUUAUAAAUUAGUCUAAGUUUAUUAUUAUAUAUCAAAUAUUAUGGUUUCUACAAAAUUCUGAGAGCAUAGCACUUGAAUACUUGUUGGAACUGAAACUUUACAGCUUAUCGAGUCCCCCCCCCCCCCACGCACGUGUAGUUGAGGUGUAGCGGAUCUUUACGCUGAUAACUAUAAGAUAAAGUUAAGUGGUACUGCAGUACAUAUUUGUGUCAUGGGAUACAAAUUAUGCAUUGUAUGUUUAUAUCUUGAAAGUGAACUUUUGGAUUGGAAUGCACCAUUUUAAUGUGGUUAAUCAUUCCUUUAUAUAUAUUACUAUAUUCCCUUCACACAAGGGUCCAAUAUCAUUUGAGUGUGAAAUAAAAUAGCAAUCAAAGGUUUAAAACAAUAAAUACACUGUCAAAAUUUUUAAAGUUUAAAUGAAUUUUAGUGCUUAAUUUCCUUGCACUGGAGCCCUGCCUGGGGUGUCUUGUGCAAGACGAUCAUUGGUGCCUUGCACUGGAGCCCUGCCUGGGGUGUCUCGUGCAGGGCGCUCAUCGGUGCCUUGCACUGGAGCCCUGCCUGGGGUGUCUUGUGCAAGACGAUCAUUGGUGCCUUGCACUGGAGCCCUGCCUGGGGUCUCGUGCAGGGCGCUCAUCAGUACCUUGCACUUGAGCCCUGCCUGGGGUGUCUCGUGCAGGACGAUCAUCAGUGCCUUGCACUUGAGCCCUGCCUGGGGUGUCUCGUGCAGGACGAUCAUCAGUGCCUUGCACUUGAGCCCUGCCUGGGGUGUCUCGUGCAGGACGAUCAUCAGUGCCUUGCACUUGAGCCCUGCCUGGGGUGUCUCGUGCAGGACGAUCAUCAGUGCCUUGCACUGGAGCCCUGCCUGGGGGUGUCUCGUGAAGGACGAUCAUCGGUGCCUUGCACUUGAGCCCUGCCUGGGGUGUCUCGUGCAGGACGAUCAUCAGUGCCUUGCACGGGAGCCCUGCCUGGGGUGUCUCGUGCAGGACGAUCAUCAGUGCCUUGCACUUGAGCCCUGCCUGGGGUGUCUCGUGAAGGACGAUCAUCGGUGCCUUGCACUGGAGCCCUGCCUGGGGUGUCUUGUGCAGGACGAUCAUCGGUGCCUUGCACUGGAGCCCUGCCUGGGGUGUCUCGUGCAGGACGAUCAUCAGUGCCUUGCACUGGAGCCCUGCCUGGGGUGUCUCGUGCAGGACGAUCAUCAGUGCCUUGCACUGGAGCCCUGCCUGGGGUGUCUCGUGCAGGACGAUCAUCGGUGCCUUGCACUGGAGCCCUGCCUGAGGUGUCUCGUGCAGGACGAUCAUCAGUGCCUUGCACUGGAGCCCUGCCUGGGGUGUCUCGUGCAGGACGAUCAUCGGUGCCUUGCACUGGAGCCCUGCCUGGGGUGUCUUGUGCAGGACGAUCAUCGGUGCCUUGCACUGGAGCCCUGCCUGGGGUGUCUCGUGCAGGACGAUCAUCAGUUCCUUGCACUGGAGCCCUGCCUGGGGUGUCUUGUGCAGGACGAUCAUCGGUGCCUUGCACUGGAGCCCUGCCUGGGGUGUCUUGUGCAGGACGAUCAUCAGUGCCUUGCACUGGAGCCCUGCCUGGGGUGUCUCGUGCAGGACGAUCAUCAGUGCCUUGCACUGGAGCCCUGCCUGGGGGUGUCUCGUGCAGGACGAUCAUCAGUGCCUUGCACUGGAGCCCUGCCUGGGGUGUCUUGUGCAGGACGAUCAUCGGUGCCUUGCACUGGAGCCCUGCCUGGGGUGUCUCGUGCAGGACGAUCAUCAGUGCCUUGCACUGGAGCCCUGCCUGGGGUGUCUCGUGCAGGACGAUCAUCAGUGCCUUGCACACGAGCCCUGCCUGGGGGUGUCUCGUGCAAGACAUCAUCGGUGUGUAUGGAGCAGCUUGUCAUCAACUAGGUUUCGUGUAUUCCUUUAUAAAUAAUUUUAUUUUUGUGAUAAAAAAAUAGGAUUAUUAGUGAAUAUUUAAUAGAAUUAUGCUUUUAAUUUGAACAUGCACAAUCAAUAUACCUCGGAUGUAUUGACCAUUUUUAUUUGUCAUGACCCAAAUUUGAUGAUUGGCACUUUUAUAUCUGAAAAUCAGUUUGACUGCAUAUAGCUUGUCCAUAGUGUAAUAACAAGGCCACGUGUAUGAACAUUCUUUAUUAUCAUUUUUUAUACCUGCAUUUUAAGUAAAAAAAAAAAAAAAAGACCCA